AUGCUUCAACGUACCAAGUAUAACCGCUUCAGGAAUGAUUCGGUGACAUCAGCUGAUGAUCUUAUUCACAAUUUAUCUAUGAACAGCAAGGUCUCAGCAGUUCCUACGACUUCAACAGCGUCUCCGUACCUGGUGUCACCAGAGGUUCUCCAUAAGGAGCAAGAGGAUGGACCCAGCACCCUGUGUACUCUCAUCCAUAAAGUGUCCCACUUGAAACUCUCAAACACGGGCAGCCUGUUGGGUAUCAAAAACCUCUCCUCUGCAGUAAAGGAGCUUGCUGUCUCCAAGUUGCAGGGAAGCUCAAGUGCUUCCAGCUCAGCUGUAGGGGCUUCAGAAAACACAUGUAACCUUCUCUCUGCCACUUCGUGUUCUCAGCAGGACGUGGGCAAGAUGAGUAUGGGGAAAAAAACACGGUCAGAGGAAACGCAUUCGGGAGGUGAAAACUGCAAUCAAAGUGGGAGCUUUGUCAGUAAACCCUCCCGAGGAUGGCUGCAUUCAAGUGAGAAGAUUCUGGGACCCGGAGUGACAUACAUUGUGAAGUACUUGGGGUGUAUAGAAGUCUUACGUUCAAUGAGAUCUCUUGACUUCAGUACUAGAACACAAAUUACCAGGGAAGCAAUCAGUCGUGUUUGUGAAGCUGCACCUGGUGCCAAAGGAGCCCUCAAGAAACGAAAGCCAUCAAGCAAAGUUCUUUCUAGCAUCUUGGGCAAGAGCAACCUUCAGUUUGCAGGAAUGAGCAUAAUGCUGAAUAUCUCUACCACCAGCUUAAACCUAAUGACUCCUGAUACAAAACAGAUCAUAGCAAAUCACCAUAUGCAAUCUAUUUCCUUUGCAUCUGGAGGUGAUCCGGAUACAACUGACUACAUUGCUUAUGUAGCUAAGGAUCCUGUUAAUCGGAGAGCUUGUCAUAUAUUGGAAUGCUGUGAUGGCUUGGCCCAGGAUGUCAUCAGCACCAUAGGACAAGCAUUCGAGCUUCGAUUUAAACAAUACUUGCGGUGCCCCUCUAAGAUACCUGCUUUCCAUGACAGGAUGCAGAGUUUUGAUGAGCCGUGGGUGGAGGAAGAUAACGAGGCAACAGAACAUCCCUAUUACAACAACAUCCCGAAAAAAAUGCCCCCCCUUGGUGGCUUCAUUGAUACCAGGCUCAGAGCAAAACUUCCCACUGCUCCAGAAACAGCUCAGUCUGCAGCAGGAGUUGGAGGAGAACAAAUCUAUUACCAGAGUCGCCACUUAGGAGAAAAACUCAGUGAAGAUUUGCAUCAGGAAACUGUUAAGGAAGGAUCUCUGGAUACUCGUAAUAUGCCGGAAGGGAAAAUACAAGUAACCCCUACAGAAGAGAUGGCAACAUAUGUAAACACUCAGCAUAUAAAUAUAGAAGCUCUAUUGGCACUUCAGGCAGAUGCUGAAUGUACCUUCAGUGGAACAGCAGAUGGAACCAAAGAGAGCAGCCCAGGAAAGGAUCUGUUUGACAUGAAACCAUUUGAAGAUGCCCUCAAGAUUCAAACAUCUGAGGCUGCAUUGAGGAAAUCCACCUCCAUGGGAUGCACCAGUCCUGUUUUAUGCAGAGCAGCUGAGUGGACUGUAGCUGAAGAACUGAGUGCAGAGCCAUGGUAUCAGGGAGAGAUGAGCAGGAAAGAAGCAGAACAGAUGUUAAAGAAAUGUGGAGACUUCCUGGUGAGGAAGAGUACCACGAAUCCUGGCUCCUAUGUGCUGACAGGCAUGCAGAAUGGGCAAGCCAAGCAUCUUCUUUUGGUGGAUCCAGAGGGAACAGUUCGAACGAAGGAUCAUGUCUUCGAAAGCAUAAGUCAUCUCAUCAAUCAUCAUCUUAAAAAUAAUUUGCCAAUAGUUUCUUCUGGGAGUGAACUCUGCCUGCAGCAGCCUGCUGAGAGGAAACACUGA